UAAGAAGAAAAAUUAGAGACCUGGUUUCAUGUAAGCAAAACGCAAAUAAAGACUGUCUCUCCCAAAUCUACAACAAGAUCAAAACAAGAAAAAGAAAAGGGGGAGAACUCAGCAGCAUUCAUUUCGAAUCUGCCUCGGGAACCUUUCAGAUCCGAGCACCGUCCGAUGGUCGCAAUGUCCUCCUCCUCCGCCGUCCGAUCCUUCACUGUUUUCGCCGCCGUUUACUUCUUCCUCUCUCUCGCUUUCGCUGCCGAGUCAGAUCACAAGUAUCAACCAAAUGAUCCAAUUACUUUAUGGGUAAAUAAAGUUGGUCCGUACAACAAUCCUCAAGAAACGUAUAACUAUUACAGCCUUCCAUUUUGUCAACCGGGGUUGAAUCCUGCUCACAAAUGGGGUGGCCUUGGUGAGGUCCUUGGUGGAAAUGAACUGAUUGAUAGCCAAAUUGAUAUCAAAUUCCAAAAGGAUGUGGACAAAGGUGUCAUUUGUCAACUGGAACUUGAUGAAGCAAAGGUCAAACAGUUCAAGGAUGCAAUUGAGAACAGCUAUUGGUUUGAAUUCUUCGUAGAUGAUCUGCCUUUAUGGGGCUUUGUUGGUGAGCAGCACCCUGAUAGGAACAGUGAAAAUGGCAAGCAGGUCCUCUACACACAUAAGAAUGUUGUUAUUAAAUACAAUAAGGAUCAGAUUAUUCAUGUCAAUCUCACACAAGAGGGUCCAAAACCACUGGAGGCAGGGAGAAUUUUGGACAUGACAUAUUCUAUCAAAUGGCUUCCUACUAAUGUCACUUUCGCUCGUCGCUUUGAUGUUUACUUAGACUAUCCUUUCUUUGAACACCAAAUCCAUUGGUUCUCUGUUUUCAAUUCAUUCAUGAUGGUUAUCUUUCUCACUGGUUUGGUGUCAAUGAUCUUAAUGCGAACCCUGAGAAACGACUAUGCAAAAUAUGCUCGGGAAGAUGAUGAUUUGGAAACAUUGGAAAGGGAUGUGAGUGAAGAGUGUGGUUGGAAACUUGUCCAUGGUGAUGUAUUUAGGCCUCCAAGCAAUUUGGCUUUGCUUUCUGCUGUUGUUGGCACAGGCGCUCAGUUAGCAUUGCUUGUUCUCCUUGUCAUCUUAUUGGCAAUUGUGGGAACUUUGUAUGUCGGGAGAGGAGCAAUUGUCACCACUUUUAUACUGUGUUACGCGUUUACAUCAUUCAUUUCUGGUUAUGUGAGUGGUGGAAUGUAUUCACGAAAUGGGGGUAAAAGUUGGAUAAAGUCAAUGAUCUCUACGGCAUCUCUAUUUCCAUUAUUGUGCUUUGGGAUUGGAUUCAUCCUGAACACAGUUGCUAUAUUUUAUGGAUCUCUAGCUGCUAUUCCUUUUGGUACAAUGGUGGUGGUCUUCGUAAUUUGGGCUUUCAUUUCAUUCCCCCUGGCUCUUCUUGGUACAGUUGUUGGAAGAAACUGGAGUGGUGCUCCAAAUAAUCCAUGCCGUGUGAAGACCAUUCCUCGCCCAAUCCCGGAGAAGAAAUGGUAUCUCACACCCUCUGUGGUCUCUCUGAUGGGAGGACUUCUGCCGUUUGGAAGCAUAUUCAUUGAAAUGUAUUUUGUCUUCACAUCAUUCUGGAAUUACAAGGUUUAUUAUGUCUAUGGUUUUAUGCUGCUUGUCUUCCUGAUUCUCAUCAUUGUAACCAUUUGUGUGACAAUUGUCGGGACUUAUUUCUUGCUAAAUGCCGAGAACUAUCACUGGCAGUGGACGUCAUUCUUCUCUGCUGCCUCAACCGCUGUUUAUGUGUAUUUGUAUUCGGUAUACUACUAUUCUGUGAAAACCAAGAUGUCAGGUUUCUUCCAGACGAGCUUCUACUUCGGAUACACUUUGAUGUUUUGUCUUGGUUUGGGAAUUCUCUGCGGAGCUGUUGGUUUUCUUGGUUCGAAUUUGUUCGUAAGGAGGAUCUACAGAAACAUCAAGUGUGACUAGAACCUAAGUAGAACCGUCAGCGCUCAGGAUUUUGAGGCAAUAAACAUCGAGAGGAAGCUUUGGUUGGUUAUAGGGACCCUGCAAAACCUACUGAAGAAAUAACAGGGUUUACUGUAGGGAUGUAUUCUCGGUUCCCACGAUUUUUGUUCCACCUUUCUUUUUUUUUCUUUUUUUCGCCCAGAUUGUAAUGGGAUGCCCCGAUUUCAGAAUUCAGAUAAUUGUUUUAUAAUUCAAAUAGGUAGCUAAAAAGUAUUAAACUCGUGUCAUUUUGUUAUAUACUAUCGUCCUUGAUCCAUUUGCA